AUGAAGUUCCUCACCCCGCUGGCGCUCAGCGCGACCGCCUCGACCGCCUUGGCGGCGGUCAUUCCUCCACAGGGCCUACAGGCUCCUCUCGGCCCGUCAAUCGUCCAGAACACCCAGCAGACCAAAUGGUUGAUUGAAUUGGCUCCAUACCGGACACGAUGGGUCACCGAAGAGGAGAAGUGGGCGCUGAAAUUGGACGGCGUCAACUUCAUCGAUGUCACCGAUGAAUUCCAAUCCGGUGCCUACGGUGCCCUCCACACCACGCGCAUCGUCCGCUACCCCGGCCAAAUGUACCACGAACAAGAGAUCAGCCCUCUGGCUGCCGACCUGUCCAAGGCCAACAUGAGGAAGAACCUCGAGCACUUCACCUCCUUCCACACCCGCUACUACAAGUCUCACUACGGUAUCGAGUCUGCCGAGUGGCUCUUCUCCCAAGUCAGCGAGGUUGUCUCCGAGUCUGGUGCCACCGAGUACGGUGCCUCGGUCGAGCGCUUCGCUCACCCAUGGGGUCAAUUCAGUAUUAUCGCCCGCAUCCCGGGCCAGACUAACAACACGGUCGUCCUGGGCGCGCAUCAGGAUAGCAUCAACCUGUUCCUGCCGUCCAUUCUCGCCGCACCCGGCGCUGAUGACGAUGGAAGUGGGACUGUGACUAUCCUCGAGACCCUUCGGGCCCUGCUGCGGUCCGAGGCGAUUGUCAAGGGCCAGGCGACUAACACCAUCGAGUUCCACUGGUAUUCUGCAGAGGAAGGUGGUCUGCUCGGCUCCCAGGCGGUUUACUCCAAGUACAAGAAGGACCUGCGCGAGGUCAAGGCCAUGCUGCAGCAGGACAUGACCGGUUACGUUCAGGGUACUCUCGAUGCCGGUCAGAAGGAGUCUGUCGGUGUGAUUGUCGAUUAUGUCGACCAGGGUCUUACCGCAUUCAUCAAGCAGGUCAUUACCACCUACUGCGACGUCCCCUACGUCGAAACAAAGUGCGGCUACGCCUGCUCCGACCACGCCUCCGCUAGCCGCUUUGGUUACCCAUCCGCCUUCGUCAUCGAAUCUCAAUUUGAGAACUCGGACAAGAAAAUCCAUAGCACGGACGAUCUGAUCAAGUACCUCAGCUUCGAUCACAUGCUGCAGCACGCAAAGAUGAGCUUGGCUUUUGCCUAUGAGUUGGCCUUUGCUUCCUUGUAG